AAAAGAGAGACAGCGUGUGUACUCUGUUUUAAAAUAGUCCUUGAAGUGCGUUCAAACCCGCGCUUCUUUUUACCCACACCGGCUGAGUGGUGAAAGCUCAUGCGGGGUAAUCCGUGGUAUUUUUACGAUGGUAAUGUUUGUAUGUUUGAGGAGUUUGUUCCUGGCUAGACUACACACAGACCACUCCUUUGCGGAAGCAUACAAUACUACUCCGCGCAGACAGACGGGGGAAAGUUGUUCAGCUCUGCUGAGCAGUUCGGUUUCUUUAGGUGCUGGAAGCCCAUUUUCUGUUUUUUGUAGACUGUGACUCGGGAUUGGUGGACUUCGGAAAAGUUACCUGUUAACCAGAGGAUUUAUAAUAGAAGGCUCGUUAUCUCUAUGACGAGGAUUUCAAAGAGGAGAUGGGGAUACCCAGGCACGCUGUGGGGCAGAUUUUACUAAUUCUGAGCUGGAUCUGCGUCUCGGAGGCUCUGCAAUGUCGAGGAAUGAAGGAGCCCUGUAUCAAUGAUGGGAAAUGCAUUCCCUACAACAACGGCACUGGAUACUGCAAGUGUGCUGCAGGCUACCUGGGGGAGUACUGCCAGCACAAGGAUACUUGCCUGCCCGAUACGUGCAGAAACAGGGGCAACUGCACAGCGACGGUGUCGGGGGGUGUGGUCCGCACGUCCUGCACCUGCCCCCUGGGUUUCUCCGGAACCAUCUGUGAGACCCCCCAGCCCACCGCCUGCUACCCGCAGAACCCCUGCCACAACCAGGGCACCUGCCGUCUCCUGACCCAGGACAGAUGGGAGUGUGUGUGUCCACGCGGCUGGACAGGUAAGAGCUGCCAGCGUGUGGACUCCUGUGCCUCUCAGCCCUGCCAGCACGGAGGCACCUGCUCCGCCCUGUCGAGGGAGCGCUUCACCUGCAGCUGCCUCCCCGGCUAUACCGGGACAACCUGCCAGACGGACAUCGACGAGUGUGCAGCCAAGCCGGCGCUGUGCCAGAAUAAGGGACAGUGUGUGAACGUGCCAGGGAGCGCCCGCUGCCAGUGCCAGCCGGGCUUCAGUGGGAAGCACUGUGAGAGCGUCUACGUGCCCUGCGCACCCUCCCCCUGCCUCAACGGGGGCACCUGCCGGCCCACCAGUGACGUCUCCUACGAGUGCAACUGCCUGCCAGGUUUCAACGGGACGGACUGUGAAAGGAACAUUGAUGACUGCCCGCAGCACCGCUGCCAGAACGGGGGGACCUGUGUGGACGGAGUGAACACCUACAACUGCCAGUGUCCCCCGGAGUGGACAGGUCAGUUCUGCACAGAGGAUGUGGACGAGUGCAGGCUGCAGCCCAACGCCUGUCAGAACGGAGGGACCUGCAGCAACCGGCAAGGCAGCUACAGCUGCGUCUGCGUCAACGGCUGGAGCGGCGACGACUGCAGCAAGAACAUCGAUGACUGCGCCACUGCAGCCUGUGCAGCGGGGUCCACAUGCAUCGACCGUGUGGCAUCCUUCGUCUGCAACUGCCCCGUGGGCAAAACGGGUCUCCUGUGCCACGUGGCAGAUGCUUGUAUUAGCAACCCCUGCCAGGAGGAGUCGAUGUGUGACACCAACCCCCUAAAUGGGCAGUACAUCUGCACCUGCCCCUCGGGGUUCAAAGGAGCCGCCUGCACAGAGGACAUCGAUGAAUGCACCAUGAACUCGAACCCCUGUGAGCACGGCGGCCGCUGUGUGAACACGGACGGCUCGUUCCGCUGCGACUGUGCGCUCGGCUACGCCGGGCCGCGCUGCGAGGCUGACGUCAACGAGUGCAUCUCCAUGCCCUGCCAGAACGACGCCACCUGCCUGGACCAGAUCGGAGAGUUCACCUGCAUCUGUAUGCCAGGGUUCAUCGGGCUGCACUGUGAGACGAACGUCGACGAGUGCCAGAGUAACCCGUGCCUGAACAGCGGCCGGUGCACCGACCAGGUCAACAGGUUCAUCUGUGACUGCCCGCCAGGCUUCAGUGGUGUGGUGUGCCAGGUGGACAUCGAUGAGUGUGCGAGCACGCCGUGCCACAACGGAGCCAAGUGCAUCGACCGACCCAACGGAUACGAGUGUGACUGCGCAGAGGGAUUCACUGGAGUGCUGUGUGAGGGGAACAUCAAUGACUGCGAUUCGGAGCCCUGCCACUACGGGCACUGCCAGGAUGGCAUUGCCACCUACACGUGUGUGUGUGACCCAGGCUACAUGGGACCCAUCUGCAGUGAACAGGUCAACGAGUGCCAGAGCAGCCCCUGCCAGAACGAGGGCCGCUGCAUCGAUCUGGUCAACAAGUACCAGUGCAACUGCCUGCCAGGCACCUCCGGUGACAACUGUGAGAAUAACUUUGAUGAGUGUGCGAGCAGCCCCUGUGAAUAUGGGAUCUGCAAGGAUGGGCUGAACCGAUACGACUGCGUCUGCACUCCGGGAUACACAGGCCCAAUGUGCAACAUCGACAUCAACGAGUGUGCCUCGAACCCGUGUCACAACGGCGGCACGUGCGUGAACGAGCUCAACAGCUUCCGCUGCCUGUGUCCCGAGGGUUACCGGGACCCCAUCUGCUACUCCGAGGUGGACGAGUGCGUCAGCAGCCCCUGCGUCCACGGCAGCUGCAUGGACGAUGUCAAUGGGUACAGGUGUGAGUGUGAGCCUGGCUGGGUGGGGAUGGACUGCGAGCUGGAUCGCAAUGAAUGUGAAUCGAACCCGUGUCUCAAUGGAGGAACCUGCGCUGACCUCACCAACGGCUACAGCUGCACCUGCAGGAAGGGCUUCAAAGGGUCAGACUGUGAGAUUAAUAUCAACGAGUGUGCCUCGAACCCGUGCUUGUACCAGGGGACCUGCAUCGAUGGAGUCAGCAGCUACACCUGCCAUUGCUCACUGCCUUACACAGGUGUGAACUGUGAAGUCAUCCUGGCUCCCUGUGACCCGGAUCCCUGCACCAACUCUGGGAUCUGCCAGGCGUCUGCUGACUACUCGAGCUACUCCUGCCUGUGUGCCCCUGGCUGGCAAGGUCAGCGAUGUUCACAAGACGUCAACGAAUGUGUCACCAACCCCUGUAAGAAUGGCGCUGUGUGCCAGAACAGCCAGGGCAGCUACCAGUGCCAGUGCCGCCCUGGGUACACCGGGACCAACUGCGAGACCAACAUCGAUGACUGCGUGCCAAAUCCGUGCCAGAAUGGGGGCUCCUGUGUGGACGGCGUAAACUCGUUCUCAUGCUCCUGCCUGCCGGGGUUCCACGAAGCCCACUGCCAGACGGAGGUGAACGAGUGCGACAGUCACCCCUGUCUGAACGGAGCCACCUGCAGCGACUAUGUGAACAGCUACGCCUGCCAGUGCGCCCCGGGAUUCAGCGGCAUCCACUGUGAGAAUAACAUCCAGGAGUGCACAGACAGCUCCUGUCUCAAUAAUGGCACCUGUGUGGACGGGAUCAACGCGUUCAGUUGCCGCUGCCGGCCGGGCUUCGCGGGCGCAGUGUGCCAGUACGAGAUCAACGAGUGCGACUCCCAGCCCUGUCAGAACGGCGGAACCUGCAUGGACGGACUGGGCACCUACCGCUGCUCCUGCCCCGCAGGCUACACUGGCAACAACUGCCAGACCUUGCUCAACCUGUGCAUCACGUCCUUGUGUAACAACGGGGGCACCUGUGUGCAGGGGGGCCGGUCCUGGCGGUGCGAGUGUCCCAGUGACUGGACUGGCUUGUACUGCGACGUGCCCAUGGUCUCCUGCGCAGUGGCUGCUGCUCUCAAACGUGUCAGCGUUGAUCAGGUGUGCCAACACUCUGGAACAUGCAUCAAUACGGGCAACACCCACCAGUGCCAGUGCCAGGCGGGCUACACCGGCAGCUACUGCGAGCUGGACGUGGACGAGUGCGCCUCGAACCCCUGCCACCACGCCGCUCGCUGCCAGGAUCUGCAGGGGGGCUACCUGUGCCAGUGCCUGGCUGGGUACCAGGGGGUGAGCUGUGAGUAUGAAGUGGACGAGUGCCAGUCCCAGCCCUGCAGAAACGGAGGCACCUGCUUCGACCUGGUGAACCGAUUCACCUGCUCCUGCCCUCCGGGGACACACGGGCUGCAGUGUGAGAUCAACGAUGAUGACUGUGCUCCAGAUGCCCACCCCAGCGGGGGGCCGCGCUGCUUCAAUGGAGGGCAGUGCAUCGAUGGCAUCGGGGGCUACACCUGCAGCUGCCCCCCUGGCUUUGCUGGCCAGCACUGUGAGGGCGAUGUCAACGAGUGUCUGUCCAGCCCCUGUGACCCCAAGGGCAGCCUUGACUGCGUCCAGAAAACCAACGACUACACGUGCAAGUGCCGGCACGGCUUCACAGGGCGUCACUGUGAGGCGGUCGUGGACCUGUGCCAGCUGAACCCGUGUCAGAACAGUGGGACGUGUUCUGUUGACCUCAACUCUCCACUUGGCUACGUCUGCCACUGCCGCUUGGGCUUUGUUGGGAAUAACUGUGAGUAUAACCGAUGUGGGCAGAUUCGCUGCCAGAACAAGCAGGUUUGUGUGGAAACCUCGUCAGGCCCGCUGUGCCGCUGCCCGGAGGGACCCGAGGGAGCUCGGUGUGAGAAUAUGGGCUGUGCCAACCAACCCUGCAGGAACGGGGCCACCUGCCUAGCCCAGCCCCAGCCGCCCUACUACCAGUGCCAGUGCCCGGAGCACUCCGACGGGCGCGACUGUGACAUCUACUCCCCCCCGUCUCCCCGGGGCCCUAAAACAGACUGCCCGAUCCCACAGUGCGCCCACAAGGCUGACGAUGGCGUCUGUGACAUGCAGUGCAACAACCACGAGUGUGGCUGGGACAGCGGGGACUGCUCCCUGCACUUCCCCGCCCCCUGGAAGAAGUGCGCCCCCGAGCGGCGCUGCUGGGAGCUGUUCAACAACGACAUGUGCGACGAGCAGUGCAACACUGCAGAGUGCUUCUUCGACAGCUACGAGUGCCAGAGCAGAGGCAGGACCUGCAAGUAUCAGGAUUACUGCAUCAAUCAUUACGCUGACAGGCACUGUGACCAGGGCUGCAACACAGAGGAGUGUGGCUGGGACGGGCUGGACUGCUCGGAGGACACGCCCCAGCGGCUGGAGGCCACGCUGGUCAUCGUGGUGCUGCUGCAGCCCGAGGAGCUGCUGGGAAAGCUGCCCCACUUCCUGCACAAGCUGGGCACGCUGCUCCGCACAAACCUGCGCCUCAAGCUGGACCCCCAGAACAGGCCCAUGCUGUACCCCUACUACGGCAGGGAGGACGAGGAGCCCACCCGCGGCACGAGCAGGGUCCGGCGCUCCCUGGAGCUGGGGAAGGAGGUCGUGGGUUCCAAGGUGUACCUGGAGAUUGAUAACCGCCAGUGUGUUCACAAUUCCAAUGACUGCUUUUCUACAGCGGACCAGGCUGCUGCGUUCAUAGCUGCUCAGGCAGUCAAGGGCAGCCUCCCUCUCCCAGUCAUCUCCGUCUGGAGCCAGCCGGAGGCUGACAGUCAGCAACACUACCUGUACCUGCUGGCCCUGGCGGGAGCUGUGAUCCUGGGGCUCCUGGUCCUGGGUGUGGUCGUGGUGAAGAGCAAGCGCAAGCACGGCACGCUGUGGGUCCCCGAGGGGUUCCUGCCCAAGAAGGACCGCAAGCGGCGCGAGCCUGUGGGCCAGGAUGACCUCGGAAUGAAGAACCUGGUGACCCAACAAGAUGAAGAGAGCAUGAUGUAUGCCAAUCAGAACGAGCGCUGGCUUGAGGACCGUCCCGAAGCCAAAAAGAAAAAGACUGAGGACCAGGCCCUCCUCCCUGAAGGAGAGGGGACGGUGGACCGCCGGCAGUGGACGCUUCAGCACCUGGAGGCAGCCGACAUCCGCAUGACCCCCUCGCUGGCACUGACCCCCCCGCAGGCGGAGCAGGAGCUGGACUGCAUGGACGUCAAUGUCAGGGGACCAGACGGCUUCACCCCCUUGAUGCUGGCAUCCUUGCGAGUGGUUGGUCCCGAUGUCUCUGAGGAGGAGGAGGACGAGGAUGAAGAGGAGGGCGACGACUCUGCUGCCAAUAUAAUCACAGACCUGAUCUGCCAGGGAGCCACCCUGGUGGCGCAGACGGACCGCACCGGCGAGACCGCGCUCCACCUGGCAGCCCGCUACGCCCGGGCCGAUGCUGCCAAGCGCCUGCUGGACUCCGGAGCGGACGGCAACGCCCAGGACAACACAGGCCGCUCGCCGCUGCACUGCGCUGUGGCAGCCGACGCACAGGGAGUCUUCCAGAUUCUCAUCCGUAACCGUGCCACAGACCUGGAUGCCCGUAUGAACGAUGGCACCACCCCGCUGAUCCUGGCUGCUCGCCUCGCGGUGGAGGGCAUGGUGGAAGAGCUCAUCAACUGCCACGCUGAUGUCAACGCCGUGGACGAUCAUGGAAAGUCGUCUCUGCACUGGGCUGCAGCUGUCAACAAUGUCGAAGCCACGCUGGUGCUGCUGAAGAACGGAGCCAACCGUGACAUGCAGGACAACAAGGAGGAGACCCCGCUCUUUCUCGCCGCGCGAGAGGGCAGCUUCCAGGUGGCUCAGGUGCUGCUGGAUCACUUCUCUAACCGGGACAUCACAGACCACAUGGACCGGCUGCCCCGGGACAUCGCGCAGGAGCGCAUGCACCACGACAUCGUGAGGCUGCUGGACGAGUACAACAUGGUGCGCAGUCCUCACGGGGCGGGGGGCCACAUGGUGGGCGUUAUGUGUGGCCCCAACGGCUCCUUCCUCAGCCUGCGCCAAGCCCCUCAGGGGAAGAAGGCAAGACGCGCCAACACCAAGACCCCAGGCAGCACCCCCAACCUGGGCAAGGACCUGAAAGAGGUCAAGGCCCGUCGACGGAAGAAAUCCCCGGGAGAGAACAAGGGCCACCUGUCGGAGAGCUCGGUUACCCUGUCCCCCGUCGACUCCCUUGAAUCUCCCCACGCCUACAUCUCAGACAACAGCUCCCACCCCCACCUGACAGCCCCGGGGGCGCAGCAGCAUCCCCAGCACACCCUCUCCCUUGCUAGCCUGAGCGAGCAGCAUGCCUACAGCCACGGCUCCAGCACCAUCCUGCCCCCUGUCAGCCACAUGCUGUCCCAGCACGGCCUGGGCAUGGGGAGGGCGGGCCAGCACGGCCCUUCAGAGUGGAUGGGGCUGCCCAGCUCGGGCUACGGCCACAUGUUCGGGGUCCUCCACCAUCACCAGGCCACGGGCUCUCACCCCAGCAUGCACCAGCAGGGCAUGAUGGCGCCCAUGAACGUCACCAUGGCGCGGGAGCAGCUGCCGUCGAUAGUUGCCUUUCAAAUGAUGCCAAACUCGGCCAGCCAGCAGCAUGUGAAUCAGCAGCAGCAGCAGCAGCAGCAGCACAGACUCUCUCCGCAUGUUCAGAACCACGGCGCACAGAACAUGGGCGGCGGCUCCCUGUAUCAGGGCUCUGAUAUGGGCCACCCCGCUGCCCAGAUGCCCAACAACCUGAUGCCCCAGCAAGAUGGACAGAGGGUAGCAGCGCUCCCUCAAUACCAACCUCUUCAGAGCUCUGUGGAUAAAUACCCCACCCCCCCAUCGCAGCACAGCUACCCCUCCACCUCGGAGAACACGCCCGGUCACAGCAAGCCCGGCCCGAGCGAGCACCCCUACCUCACCCCCUCGCCAGAGUCCCCAGACCAGUGGUCCAGCUCCUCCCCCCACUCCGCCUCCGACUGGUCCGACGUCACCACCAGCCCCACCUCCAUGAGCCAGCUGCAGCCCAGCGGCGCCCACAUUCCCGAGCAGCAGAGGAGCAGCAUGCAGGCGUUUGCAUGAAGGAGACUCCAGUUCUAACGAACACGCUUUACAAGCAAAUGAAGGCUGGGAGAUGAAGAAGAAGAAGAAGAAGAAGAAAUGAACAAAGAGAUCCAAAGGCUUGUGUGAAGCGAGUUGCAUCUGCUUCCAGACAUGCUGUCUAGUCUUAAUCAGCUGGUUUGAACUUCAGCACGAGUCCUUUUGCUUUUGUUUCUUCUGAAGGAUGUUUUCUGAUGUCUAAUUCACCGCCUGCCUUUCUCUUAUAAAUGUAACAGCUAGCUGGUAUAUAUAUAUCUUGAAAUCUAUAAUAUAUAUAUAUAUAUAUAUAUAUAUAUAUAUAUAUAUUAGAUUUCAAGAUUUGGGGUAUUCUGAAUAAUAAUAAUAAUAAUAAUACGGGUGGCACGGUGGCGUAGUGGUUAGCGCUGCUGCCUCACAGCGCCAGGGUCCUGGGUUCGAAUCCGGCCUAGGGUACUGUCUGUGUGGAGUUUGCAUGUUCUCCCCGUGUUCACGUGGGUUUUCUCCGGGUACUCCGGUUUCCUCCCACAGUCCAAAGACAUGCUGUCCAGGUUGAUUUGUCACUCUAAAUUGCCCUCUGCGUGCGUGUGUGCGUGGUGCCCUGCGAUGGACUGGCGUCCCGUCCAGGGUGUAGUCUCUCCUUGCACCCUGUGUAUGCCGGGUUAGGCUCCGGCUCACCUCGACCCUGUAAAGGAGUAAGCGGUUAAUGAUAAUGGAUAAUAAUAAUAUCAAUGAGUAUUGCACUUGCUGUAUAACCAGCCCAUUAGCAGCAGUGUGCAUUAGAAAGGUUUGUCCUGGCUAGAGACCACAGGGACCAUUCAUGGUUCAUAUAGACUCCUUUGCAACUAAAGAAUAAAAAGCUCUAUUUCGGCCAGAUCUAAAAUAAUAUUUUCUAUUUAACUUUUAAAAUGUGGCAAGCGAAUUGUACCCCCUGGAGACCACACUACAUUGACCCAGAGCACACAGUCCCGUCCCUCUCUGGAGGGAUUCCAGGCCAGGACAGCCAAGGGGGGCUCCUUCGAGGACACAGGACAGCCAAGCCGUUUCACACACAAGCUGUUUGUUUCCAGGUGUGGUGGGAUGUGACAAACAGCUGCUGGGAUGAAACAUGCUUCCUUUUUGUUUUCUUGCCUUCAUGAAGAAACACAGUUCCGAUGUUGGAAGAGUCCAGUAAAUAAAAAGACUCACAAGGUCACAGACUUUGCAUAAACACUUUGAAAGGCUUUGUGUCUCUUGCUCUGGUACUUAUGAUGAAAAUGUUUGCUAUAUUUUUCAUACAUGUUUUUCUAUAUUGUUUUCUUUCAGUGUAAAUGGUUCCAAAGUUUUAUUUUAGAUCAUUUAGAAUGAAACAAUGUCACUUUGAAAUGAUUUGCACUGUGAUUAGUGUGAUAGCCCUUUUUAAGCUAUAUCAGAAGAAUCUUUUCCAUGCCAAAUCACUAGAACCCUUACAGACCGAGGCGCAGGCUUGAGGCUUUCAAGAAAGAAAAAUAAACACAAAGGAUCAAAUCAGACUUUUUAUUUAGCAGAUCUUUAAUUGCUGUGAAAAUGUGACGCCCAAAAUGCAAAUGAAAGUGCGAUGCUGCGUCUCAUUGUCUCGGCAGGGCUGAAGUCAUGCGAUGCUGCGUCUCAUUGUCUCGGCAGUGCUGAAGUCAUGCGAUGCUGCGUCUCAUUGUCUCGGCAGUGCUGAAGUCAUGCGAUGCUGCGUCUCAUUGUCUCGGCAGUGCUGAAGUCAUGCGAUGCUGCGUCUCAUUGUCUCGGCAGUGCUGAAGUCAUGCGAUGCUGCGUCUCAUUGUCUCGGCAGGGCUGAAAUCAUGCGAUGCUGCGUCUCAUUGUCUCGGCAGUGCUGAAGUCAUGCGAUGCUGCGUCUCAUUGUCUCGGCAGUGCUGAAGUCAUGCGAUGCUGCGUCUCAUUGUCUCGGCAGUGCUGAAAUCAUGCGAUGCUGCGUCUCAUUGUCUCGGCAGUGCUGAAGUCAUGCGAUGCUGCGUCUCAUUGUCUCAGCAGGGCUGAAAUCAUGCGAUGCUGCGUCUCAUUGUCUCGGCAGUGCUGAGGUCAUGCGAUGCUGCGUCUCAUUGUCUCGGCAGUGCUGAAAUCAUGUGAUGCUGCGUCUCAUUGUCUCGGCAGGGCUGAAGUCAUGCAAUGCUGCGUCUCAUUGUCUCGGCAGGGCUGAAAUCAUGCGAUGCUGCGUCUCAUUGUCUCGGCAGUGCUGAAGUCAUGCGAUGCUGCGUCUCAUUGUCUCGGCAGUGCUGAAGUCAUGCGAUGCUGCGUCUCAUUGUCUCGGCAGGGCUGAAAUCAUGCGAUGCUGCGUCUCAUUGUCUCGGCAGUGCUGAAGUCAUGCGAUGCUGCGUCUCAUUGUCUCAGCAGGGCUGAAAUCAUGCGAUGCUGCGUCUCAUUGUCUCGGCAGUGCUGAAAUCAUGCGAUGCUGCGUCUCAUUGUCUCGGCAGUGCUGAAAUCAUGCGAUGCUGCGUCUCAUUGUCUCGGCAGUGCUGAAGUCAUGCGAUGCUGCGUCUCAUUGUCUCGGCAGUGCUGAAGUCAUGCGAUGCUGCGUCUCAUUGUCUCGGCAGUGCUGAAAUCAUGCGAUGCUGCGUCUCAUUGUCUCGGCAGUGCUGAAAUCAUGCGAUGCUGCGUCUCAUUGUCUCGGCAGUGCUGAAGUCAUGCGAUGCUGCGUCUCAUUGUCUCGGCAGUGCUGAAAUCAUGUGAUGCUGCGUCUCAUUGUCUCGGCAGUACCAGCAAUGAAGGGGGAGUCUUAGAAGACGUUUAGACAAUCAUUACUAUGCACUUAUGGUAUGCAUGUUGUAGGAACAGCAAUUCUGUCUUGUAUAUCUCUAUGCAUACACAGGAAGUAGUAGCAAGGCUGCUAUCUCAUACCUGGAGGACUCAGAAGAGUCCAAUACCUGAGCAGUCCCGCUGAAACCCAGUAACACGACCCUUUGAAUAAGAACAAUCUAAUACCUGAGCAAAAAUGCUUAGUUUGUUCUUGUAAAGGAAUGCUGGCAUUGUAAUUUGUUUAAAAAUGGAGUUAGUCCACAGAAAGGGUCUGAAUGAAACGCUGAACUGGAAUGCUUUACCAGUGACAUUCUUUUCAAUAAUGAGCUCAUUAAAAGGCAAAGCCAUACAUCAGAUCCAUGGCCAUAUCACAAUGCAUGAGUUAAUGAAGAAGGGUUUAGAAAAGAGUUUUUGACGAAUACAUGACGUUUCAUUUUCACAGAAGUUAUUUUUUGUUGGUAUCUUUACAACGCAGUUUAUUCUGUGAAAAGGUCAUGAAUUGAAACACUGAGCUGUUUGGGUUAUGAGUUGGGACUGGGUUGAAAUGGGGAUCACAGCUCAGCACUGCGGCACGAGGAACUGGAGACGCAGUGCUUUUAACAAGGACAUUGAAAUCUCUUCUGAUUCGGGGGGUUCAGGUUACAGGGUUGAAAUUGUACAGCUGAACCUGUAUUGAGGAAUCAGAGCCAGAGACUUGGACUCUGGCUAAAUGAAGGUGGAGCCACUAAUCUCCAUUCUGGGAGAAGUUUUGUUCUGCUAGUCUACUCUCUGUGGCAUCCCUGUUUGGAACAAUGUUGUAAUAAUAUGUUUCACAAAAUGCAAGUCUAAGUUCACAGAAUAGGAUGCAUUCACUUCAGUACUUUUGUCAAGCUUACAUAUGUAAUAAACAGCUCCUAAUAUUUUGCAUAUGAUGUGUUUACUAAAUGCUUAUUCAUGUGAAGUAGAUUUCUCAUUUAAAAUAGAAGGAACUCUUGUUUUUAAAUAAAGCCUGUUUCUUAUGAAA